AUGAUCUCGGGGAUUACCCCGGAAGAAGUCCUUCCAUCUCAGCUGUUACGCUAUCUCACGGCCCACCAGGUUUUGAUUUGCUUGCACUGCCGCUACGCCAUUCAACCAGGGGCUAUCGUCCGCCAUCUCAAAGAGAUCCACCAUUUCAAUCGCUUGGAACGUCGGGCAUUUGUGGAAUAUGCUUCUCAGUUUGAGCUAGCACAUAUUGAUUCUAUAAUCUUACCAGACGAGACCCAGUUUCCGGUGGACUCGCUACCGAUCCACAAUGGGCUGGCCUGUCGCUUUGAGGGGUGCGCUCACUUAUGUGCCACAAUCCAGCGAAUGAAGGCGCACUGGUCAUCUGCGCAUCAUCUUACUGCUAGAAAUGAUGAAAGCUGGUGCUCAGUCCCGCUGCAGACCUUUUUUCGGGGAAAUGCCUUGCGGUAUUUUACAAACCCGGCGCUCUUGGCGUUGUCGACGGAUAGUUCAGAAGAACCGAUGAGCACAAGCGAGGAAUCUCCAAGUACUAUUGUUACAACUCCAGAUUCAGAUGAGAAACAAGGAAUAUCAAGUCUAUUUGCUUAUGAAACCAACAUAUCACUGAGCGUCGAGAACACAACCCUCUUUGAUAAUUAUCUGAACUCCACAUAUAAAACGAUAUCAUGUGGCCCAGAUACAGACAAUGUGUUCCGGAUUAUUGUCCCCCAACUAGCCGCCAAAUUCCCAUUCCUGCUUCACGGCAUGCUAGCUUGUUCAGCGCUCCACCUGGCUUCCAGCGACCCCCCAAACCAAAGAUCAUAUAUGCUUCAGGCAAUCCGACACCAAGACCAAGCACUUCCAGCAUUCCACUUGGCAACUAUGCAUGUGGUCACCAAUAAUUGUCAAGCAAUACUAGCCUAUGCAUUCUUCCUCGUCGUUUAUGGCCUGAGCUCCGGAAGUGAAGAUGAUGUAUUGUUUCUCGGUAACAAUUGGGAAGCAAGCUCCCCGUCUUCGAACUGGAUUAGUCUCUUGCGCAAUGGCUGCUCCAUGCUGUGUAAUGUCUGGUCUGAACUAACACAUGGGCCAUUGGCUCCUUUCGCAGCACUAUGGCGGGAUAAUCUCGGCGUCACUGCUGACCCCAGUGAGCCCUUACUUGUAUCAUUGCUGUCUGCCAUUUCAGAGUCAAGUGAAGUUGUCGCUUGUGACCAGAGAUUUUCGGAUAAUGAUAUACAUAUAUACCGGGACGCAGCUUUUAAGCUGGCCGAAGCAUUCGAGUUCACCCGACGAUUUGGCGCAACUCUGAGUGUUUGGGAUGCUCUGAACUCGUGGCCGAUGCAGGUUUUGCCCGAGUACUUUGAUUUGUUAGAUCAGAACCAUCCGGGAGCAUUACUACUCUUGGCUCGUUACGCUAUCUUGCUAAAGCCACUCCAGGCAGAGUGGUUUAUGAGUGGUCGGGUUACGAAGCUGAUGGAUGAAAUUGGGCGAAGGCUGGAGGGAAAUUGUUCAUUGCUCAUUUGGAAGUUGUUUUUGGUUACUCACCAGGAAUUCCUUUAUUGA